UUAAGGAAUCGAUCGUGUGGUUGGUUAUUUGUUAUUUGGUUUGCGUCGUUAUUGGAAACAAAGUUAGACCACGCAUUGCAGAUUGCAUUAUUAUUUUUAUCAUACACGACUAUUUAAAUACAGUUAAUUGUUGAAAUUAAUUAUUUAAACUUAGUAACAUUACUAUUAUAAUUAUAUAAAUAUUCAUAAAAUAUUAUAAAAGAUAUAUUUUAAAAAAACAUAAUGGCUGAUUCGUCGUAUGAAAAAGGACUGAGCGAACUUUCAAAAAUGAAAGUCGCAGAUUUAAAAGUAGAAUUGAAACAAAGAGGUCUACCUACAACGGGAAAUAAAAAUGAACUUGUUGAGAGGCUUCAACUUGCUAUUCAUGGCGAUAGUGCACUAUCACUGGACGAGACGACGGAAGAAAUUUUAGAUGAAGAUGCUGUACUUGGGGAUGAAGAAAUAGAAGAAUUGUCACCAGAGAAACCAGAUUCUCAAGAAGUUGGUGAAAAACGAAAACUAUCCACAGAUAAUAAUCCAGUGUCUGCUAAAAAAAUAGUUCUAAAUCGUAAUUCAGUUAUUGAAGAAAUAAAAGUUGAUAAACCGAGUACUGAAGAAGCACCGAAACCUGCUGAAACAAUUGAACCUCAGAAGCGUGUAAUUAAAUUAUCGGAAGUCGGAAUAAAAGAGCGAUUGGAAAUGAGAGCUAAGAAAUUUGGUGUCCCACUAUCAGAAUCAGCAAAAAAAGAAGCUAGAUCUGCUAGAUUUAAUAGCAUUAAUAAUCAAAAUAAUAAAUCUGCGGCGUCUAUUAAAAUACCUGUUGAAACGUCAGUUGAAACGUUGAAAAAACGCGCUGAAAGAUUUGGUACCAACGUUUCAAACGUUGUGGAAAAGGUUGAAUUGUUGGAAAAAAUAGAAAAACGCAAAGCAAGAUUCGGUGAAGUUCAACCACUACCAAUUAAGAAACCAACUUUUGUUAAUAGAGUUAAAUAUGUCAAAUGAUAUCAUUUAUUGUAUAUGCCUUUAUCAAAACCUAUUAUUUAAAGUUCAUAUUUACCCUUG